GUGAAAGUCGGCUGUAUAUACUCAUGUGUUAUACGUGUGUAGUUAUGGUUCCGGAGGGAGGUCUAGUACUAUGCAGGAAUUUUUUGUAUUUCCUCUUAGCCGGAGUAUGACCUUAGUUUCCAUGUGGUAUAACCUGAACACCCUGCUUAACUGGCCAUGGUGUGCAGACAAUAGAAGACAAAAGGCCUGCUGCCUGGUCUGUUAGCUAAACAGCCCCCUCUCAAAUGUAAGACAUGUAAAUACAUCUAAGUUUAGACACUCAGUAAAUGCAGACAUUUUAGCUAUAUACAAAACAGUCUGUUUUUUUUCUCUCUCUUUAUAAAAAUUAUAUAAAUGUUUUUGAUUUUUACCACCACACACUAUGCCCAGUAGCAUGUACUUAGCGUGUUGCAACACAGGUCAUAGGUGUUUAUGUAUGUUUUAUUUGUUAAUUGCUAAUGGAAGGGUAUUUUAUAAUUGUUUUGAGAGAGCAUCGAUAGUUCUUUAGGUACAUUCCAUAAAAACUGUCCAAACACGUCUUUAAAAGACUCUGAAUUUUUUUUUAGUCAUGUAAAAAAACAUAAAUGUCGUAUGUGACUGCUUGCUACGAACAUUCGCCAUCUCCAGGAAAGGGUUCCCCAUGAGGGAGCCUGCUUACUAUCAUUGUGUUACCUGUACUGCUAUCGCUAGCUCUGGGGCGCAUUUGUAGAAGAGAUCAAUAAAAAAACAUAUUAAACUAAAUAUUAUUUUUUUCAUUGCAAGUCUGUCAGAAUCUAAUUAUCUUGCUAGUAUGUUUGUGAAGUGUGUGAGGAAACCAGAACACCCACAGGAAACCCAUGUUAGUGUGGGGGAACAUACAAACCUCACACAGAUGGCCCAUGACUGGGAAUUCAGCCGAAGAUCUCAAUAAUAUAAACCACUGAGGCAAUUGGGUAAAAAACCAAGGUAUUCCACAACCUGCAUUGUGUACGCUCUGCAGAUGACCUGCAGUGAAUAAAAGUGAUUGCUUUGAAAGCUGAAUGGGACAUACAGCAAUGGCACAGAGUGAGGAGUGAUACUGCUCUGAAUAGAAGGUGAGGGAGCAGUAUGUUCAGAUUGAAAUCUUGUCUCUGAGUGUUGCACCUGGAGAGUGCACUGUCUGAUGAUCCAGUGAUUGCUACAUGGCUACUUUAUCAAACCACAACUGUGCCAAUGGCACCCUGGUUACCCUAACCUGCCCUUCUCGCCAGGUGAUCUGCCGGAUAUUGAAUGAGGCUGAUCUGGAUAGCUCUGUCUACUACAAUUUGACUCCCGAUACAAGCUGGUCCUCCACACCAAAGACCAAUUAUAAUUUCCUUAUUGGUUUGGCCCUGGCUGUGUUUUCCAGUAUACUCAUUGGCAGCAGUGUUAUACUCAAGAAGAAAGGACUCCUACGUCUGUCUGGGCAGGGAAGGACACGUGCAGGUGCUGGUGGACAUGGCUACCUGACGGACUGGUUGUGGUGGGCUGGUCUUCUAACAAUGGGAGGUGGAGAAGCUGCAAAUUUUGCUGCCUAUGCAUUCGCACCAGCUACCAUCGUCACUCCGCUGGGGGCUCUCAGUGUCCUGAUCAGUGCUGUGAUGUCCUCUUAUCUGCUGGGGGAGCGCUUAAACAUCUUGGGGAAGUUAGGUUGCGCUCUCAGUGUCUUAGGGAGCACUGUCCUGGUAAUCCACUCCCCCGAGGAGCAAGAAGUGAACACUCUAGAAGACAUGACUUCAAAGUUAAAAGAUGCAGGCUUCAUCAUCUACAUUAUUCUGCUGCUAAUCUGCUGCUUAGUCCUAAUCUUCAUUCUUUCACCCCGUUUUGGACACACAAAUAUUCUUGUGGACCUGGCAAUUUGUUCCCUCUUGGGUGCCUUUUCUGUGUCUUCCGUGAAAGGUUUGGGCAUCGCCAUAAAGGGCCUAAUCGCUGGCCUGCCUGUUGUCCAGAACCCUCUACCUUGGAUUCUCCUACUUAUCCUGGUGUUAUCAGUCGUUACCCAAGUCAACUACCUCAACAAAUCGCUGGACGUGUUCAACACUUCCCUGGUCUUUCCAAUUUACUACGUCCUGUUCACAACAGUCGUCAUUGCUACGUCUCUCAUCCUUUUUAAGGAAUGGGUGUCUAUGUCCCCACUGGAUGCAGUGGGAGCGGUCUGCGGAUUCCUCAUCAUCAUAAUAGGCGUCUUCAUGCUCCACGCUUUCAAUAACCUUGAUGUAAGUCUUAAAAGUCUUCAGGAGCAACUGCAAAACCUGCCACCAGUGCCCACCCAACAAAAAGCCAAAAAAGAGGACAAGAUAACUUUAAUAGACAACAUGGAGACUGAGAUCACUGGCAGUAUACCCAAAGUGUUUGUAAUUUAUACUUAAACUGUACUUGGGCACCGUUCUUCCAUAGUAACAUAACUUGUUUGCCGUGUUAUUAUACGGCUCAAUUGCAGUGAUACUCGCAUGAAAGAAUUCUGAACAAUGACUCUUCUCAAAAGAAAAUAAACCAAAAUCUCGGGGCCUUUCUCAAUAACUCAUCUGAUUAAAGAACAAGGAUCUUCAUGAGCAUUGACUCGGAAGUCUGUGGAAUGUGGGCACAGGGGAAUUUUAUUGUUUAUUAAACUUCCCUUCUCUUCUGAACGUCUGCAAUGUUGGGACAGAGGUGUUCAGAGUGACUUGAAAUGAAAUUUUUAGAUGGGACUGGACGGGAUCAGUACGUAAUCCCGCUGGACGGGAUCCC